AAACAUGUCCAUCAACAGCUCAGCGUUGACAAUUGUCCGGAGAGCAAAUGCACUUUCUGCUCUUCUUCGUGACAGGAAUCUGGUGCUCCGGGGCAUCCAGAGGGGUUACCCACCUCAGAAGUAUGACGAUGAGAUCAGAAGUUGGAGAUGCUAUGCCACCAAAGUGGCCACCAAUCAGAAACCCGACUGGAACAGAGCUGUGUCGGAAGCUGAGAAAAUUGUGGGUUAUCCAACAUCGUUUUUGAGUCUACGGUGGCUUCUCAGCGAUGAAAUUGCCAAUGUUGCCCUACAUCUGCGAAAACUGGUUGGAUCCAAUCAUCCACUAUUGAAGACAGCAAAAAGCCUAAUUUACAAUGGAAGGAACAAUAUGCAGGCGUGGGGACUGAUAGUCCUCCUGAUCUCCAAGGCCGGUGGCCACCUGAAUGUCGAUGAUAUGGAGGAGGACAAGGCAGCAGGAGUGCUUCACAGUCAGAGAGCACUGGCUGAAGUCACUGAAAUGAUUCGUACGAGUCAUUUAGUUCACAAGGGACUUGUCAAUAUCCAGUCCGGGGUCUUCCCGGACCCUGCUGAGCACAAUGACAUGACUUUUGGGAAUAAAAUUGCACUUCUGAGUGGAGACUACCUCCUGGGGAACAGCUGUGCUGAGCUCGCAGCACUCAGAAACCAAGACUUAGUUGAAUUAAUGUCAAGUGCAGUUCGAGAUCUGGCCGAAGCGGAAUUUCUUGGUCGUCGGGACAGUCAGAAUAAUGCACUUCCACACGUACCUCCGGAGGAUCGAACUGGGUAUGCUGUGAGAGAGUGGACUCUUCAGAAUGUCAUGAGUGCGGGCUCACUCCUUGGAAAGUCGUGUCAAGGUACUCUGAAGCUCGCUGGACAUAGCGAAGAUUUGCAAAUGCAGGGAUACAAUUUUGGAAAGCACUUGGCUCUUGCUUGGCAGGCAUGUCUCGACUUGAGUCCAUUCACUGGCAAGGAGGACCCAGCAUCUCCAUUUAAUCUCUGUUCAGCCCCAGUGAUGUUCCACAUCGAGCACGAUCCCUCGAUUCUCUUCGAGAUCGAUAAAGGUCUACAAUCCGUCCAGAACGUUGAUUAUGCGAAGGUGUACGACAGUGUCAUCAAGGGCCCAGGUGUCGAGCUGACGAAGCAGUUACAGAAGGACCACUCACAACAAGCAAUGGAAGUCUUGAGUGUCUUCGAGGAGAGUGAUGCCAGGACUGCGUUAUCGAAUAUUAUCGCAGCCAUGGGUGACUUUUAGCAAAUGGCGGAAUAUUUUUCCCGUGUAAACAGUGCACAAGAUCAAUUCAAUGGGGAUCUUCCAUCGUAAGUGUUGAGUUUACAAAUUUUGUUGAAUUUUACAUGUUUAUAUUAUUGUUUCUUUAUCACUUAUUGACUUUAUUUGACCCGAGGACAACAGAAGAAUCUGGGAAUAGUACAAUCAGAAAAUAAUUGUCUAUCAUCCGGGUUCAAGGGAUUCAUUCAGUAGUGGAUUGGGGAUCGUACAAAUUUUGAAAAUGCAUAUGUAUAUAUUACCGCUCUUUAUAAAUUUAUUUAUUUUUUAAUUUCAUUGACACUAAUUCGAUAGUAAUAAAACUGUAUUUAUUUUUGAUCACUCAAUCAAUUCACAAUCAAAAAAAAUCUCAUAGCAUUUCUCCCCGAUAUUAUUCACCAUUAAAAUAAUUAAACCUUAAUGAGACACCGAAGGUAGAUUCGUCGGAUUCCACUCCACCACUGACUGAACUAUUCCACCCGAUCUGAAAUUUCGAUCUGUUGAUAAAAAACCACCAAAGGGUUUCAAAUUUGUCACUCCGAAGACUAACAACGACUAUUAACAGAGCUCUCUUCCACCGGAAAGGUGAAGAGACUUUUUAAGGACAUUUUAUAUAGAAUUGUUGUCUAAAUGUAUUGUACAGAGUUGAGAUAUGUCUGAAAUUAUUUUUCGCUAUGAAAUUUUAUACUAUUUAUAGAAAAACAUGAAAUGGAAUGAUGAAUAAAAAAAUACUGAAUACAACAA